AGGUCUCGCAGAUCGGGGGGCCGCGCUCCUGCAUGUGGGCGGGCGCGUGCGUCCUUCGUGGGCUCUCCCUGCUCCCGGACGAGCGCACCCCGGAUUCCGAGGGUCCCGUUUUCGUGGGCCGCUUCCCGCGGGAGCUCGCCUCAAACCGCAGGCCGGGCCUCGCUCUCCUCCGGAGGGCCCCGUCGGGCCCCCACCCCGGGGCCCGGGCCAGCGACUCGGACGACGACGAUCCCGCUCGCGAAGCGAGGCUGUGGGUCGAAUGGCGUCUCCAUCGUUGGCCAUGCGUUUUUCAACCCUCUGUCUGGCCAGUACGCGUGCGGCUGGUCCUCGUCAGGUAAAAAAAAACCACCCCCGGGCCUGGGCCCGAGUCUCGCGCCUCCCCGAGCAGGGCGCACAGGGCCCGUGGGGCGGUGGCCGCCUCGCGGGCCUCCCCGCUGACGAGGCGCCCGGCGGGGCGCUCGGCGAGGCCGGGCGCCCGGCCAGCUCGGGGAGGCCCUCGGACCUGCGGCCGCUGAGCCUGGCGGUGUCGCCCCCCGAGGUGCACCUGCUGACCUCCCUGGUGCUGCGGGGGAGGCGGCAAGAUCACCCCCACGUGCGAGAGAUGCUCGCCGCGUUCCAGGCGAACCUCCGGAACCGCUACGUCACCAGCGUUCACGUCCUCCUGGAGACGCCGGGCAGGCCCGGCGGGCUGUGCGCCGCUCUGCCCGCGGCGAUUCAGAGUGUGACUGGCAUGGGGGUUUCUCCCAGCGAGUUCGGGAAGAUCACCUGCAGGGUGUGGUCUCGGCAGCCAACUUAUGCUGACUUGUUCAGGUACGCGAACAGCAACAUGAGCAGGACAGGGAACAUAGUGCUCGCCAAUGCGGACGUCGUCUUCGAUGAGACCCUGCGGCGGAUGAAGCAGCUGCAGCCCGGCAGCCAGGGUCACCUCAUCUCCGUGCGGCCUCCCCAGUACGCAGGGGACUUCAAGGCAAUCUGGCACACGCCCUGCACGACGGUUCUGAACAAGUGCUCGAGGGAGACCCACAGCUGGGACGCCUACGCGUUCUCCCUGCCUCUCUCGCCUCAGCUGUUGGGUGCCGACCUGGCGUUCACAAUGAAUAUUCUGGCUGCAGACCACAGGGCUGCUUUUGCUCUGAGCGACUCUGGCUUAACACUGACGAACCCUUGUAUGCACAUCAAUGCAUUUCACUGGCACUGCUUUUCUGAAAAGAUGCACGCUAACUUCACGGACGAAUACCAGGACGGCAACUCCCGCUACUCGGCGGGCAAACAUGGCGUGAUCAAAGCGUCAUACCCGUGCCAGGAUUUCCCUUUCGACGAUCUCAUUGACCCGGCAUGUCGGCAGUGA